ACAGGAAAAUUAGACUAGGCCAAACAGCGGAGUUCAACAAGAGUCCCCUUUCUCUUCUUUCCUAUAGCUGGAAAGCACUUCGGCGUGAAGGGAGAGAGAGAGAGAGAGAGGAGUUUAAGCAAAUAGUUAAGCCAUGUCCGGUUCCUCACCCUCCCCACAACCUCUGCAGCAAGAACAGGCCGAUGAAUCUGACGUCGUACGUGAUGGUUCCCUGUCCCUGAACCAAGAAACCCCAAAUCAACCCGACCCACCACCUAAAUCCGACCCUGAAACCCUCCCUCCACCGCAGCCCAUUCUCGAUCCGGAAGACAAAAGCCCGGAAGUAGAAGAAGACGACGACGACGAAGAGGGAGAGGGAGAAGAAGUAGAGGAAGCGCACGAACCAGAUACUUCAGCGAUUCCAUCAGGUAUGUCUCUCCAAGUUGUCCCGCCAAUCAUCGACCCUCACGUGUCAGUUCCUUUUGUCACCCUCACAUCGCCCACAGCCGACCCGAGUACCCGGCGGGUAGCCAACAAGCGGAAGAAGGGUAAGGGCAAGGGUAAGGGUAAGGGUAAGCCCAACAUCAAGAAACAGCAAGCGAUUGAGGAGAAGUUGCAAACUUUGAUGACGAAAUUGAACCCCAUUCCCUUUAUACCCCACAAGCUUCUUGAUUUUGCUAAGCAUGAGAAACUUUUGAAGAAGCUCGGCUUGUGGCACUUUGUUCACAUUGAUUUUGAUAGGAACAUUAGGGUUGACUUGAUUGCGCAGUUGGUUGCUACUUAUAACCCGAAAUUACGGUCUAGCUAUGUAAAUGAUCUUCGUAUCAUGGUGAAUAGAGCUGAUUUAGCUCGUGCUUUCAGGUUGCCUUUGAAGAAGGAUAAGGGCAAUGUGGGUGGGGCGGAAGUCGAUUUGGAUUGUGAGGCUUUGUCUGAUGAUUCGAUAGGAUUUAUAGUGGAACUCGUGUUGGAUUGGAUGCUUUUGCAUGAGGAUAUGUGGAUGAUGCCGAACGAGGUGAUGGAUUGGUUGAAGGUGAUAAAGGAUGGACACCCUGAGAAGGUGGAUUGGGCUGGGUUGUUUUGGUUCAUGGUGGAGAAGGAAUUGAAGCAAGGGGGUCAGUUGAGGGAUUGUUAUUAUGCAUCACAUUUGCAGCACGUGAUAAAGUUUCAGCGUGAGGAGUUGUUCUUGAAAGAGGAGCCUGCGCAAUUGGAUGCAGAGGCUAAGGAAGAAGAGGAUGAAGUUAAUGAUGGGGAUGUCAAUGUCAGUGGUGCAGUUGGCAGUCCGGGGGAGGAUUGCGAGAUGGGCGGACCGAGCACUGAGCUAAAACUUGGACAGGAUGGCGAGACGGAAGAAGUAACUAAGGAUGUGGAGAUGAUGGAUGUUGAGAAGUGCAAGGAGAGUGAUGAGGAGGGGGGAGGAGACGAGCAAGGACAAUGGCUUUUGCAUGGGAAGAACGAUAUGGGGGAGCAUUUGUUGCAGCGGUGUGGUGCAGAAAAUGCUGGGGGACUUGGAAGCCUUGAGUCCGGGAAAGAGGAAGAAGAAGAGGAAGAAGAAGAAGAGACAGGUGGGGAGGACGAUGAGGAGGAAAUAGCAGAGAAAUUUGAUGUUUUCCCAAAUGAUGAUGCUCUUGAAGGGAAUGGGUUCACUGGAAAUCUACUUCAAGCAAUGGAGGCAAAUCAAAUGGCCUUUGGUUCACAGGAGCAGCUUCACAACCCAUCUUCAGUGGAUAUUAGGGCUGAUAUGCAGCACAUUGCUUCUACUCCGUCUUUCUUCAACAAUGCAGGUAAGAGGGUGAUUGAACCUGAGAAUAAUAUCUCACAUCAUUAUGAUAGCAACAAGAGGCUGAGGAUCAGCGAUUCAUUGGACCAUAAGCCAGUAGAUUUUGGAAUGUGCAUGGAACAAAUUCAGCAGAUGUCAGAGAGAGCUAGGAUGUUUUAUGAGGAGAAGGAACAGGCUUUGGAACAAUCAAAUAUGAACCAACAGAUCUUGCUUACCGAGCUGCAGAAAAGGGACAGUGUGAUAGAACACUUGCACAAGGCCAGAUUGGAUGAGAUACAAAAGAAGGAUGGGGAAAUUUACCGUCUUGAACGAGAACUGUAUUUAAUGGGGAGCGUCCUAGAUGGUUACAGGAAGGCUUUAAAGGAAACUCAGAAGCUAUUUGCAGAAUACAGGGAAAGGGCCCAGCUUCCUGAAGAACCAACUUACAAGGAUGUUGGACUUGGGGGUCUUAUGUUGACAGCUCCAGAAAUAGAGAAGCUUCGGAAGAAGCAGGAGGAGGAAUAUAAACUGAAUUGCUUAGUUCUUGAACAGAAGAUGAAGGAAGCAGAAGAGGAUUAUGUUGGCCAAUUUGAUGGAUAUGUUGAGAAGAUUAAGCUUUUGGACGAGAAGUUGACAGCUCUCGAGGCUAAUGCUAAAGAGCUUAUUGAAUUGCAUGCGAAACGGAAAGUUCCACAAACUGAAGAAACGGUGCCUGAAGUUGCUGAACCACUUGCAACACCAGAAACUGAAGAAAAAGUGCCUGAAGUUGCAGAACCUCUCGCAAUGUCACAAACUGAAGAAAAAGUGUCUGAAGUUGCAGAACCGCUCGCAAUGUCACAAACUGAAGAAGUGCCUGAAGUUGCAGAACCUCUACAAAAUGAGUAAUUCUUGCUGUAGAACUUCACUCCGUUUCUGAUAGAAAUGCAGGUUAACUUAGUUAGUGCUCACUGUAAAUUGUCAUUGUAUACAUUUGUAUGAGACAAAUUCGAGACCAGGGUGUAGUUUGCUUUAGAAUUUCAUCUGGAAUGAUGAUAUGAUGCCAGUUUCCAGUGAUCUUGAUUAUCAGUUGGUCUAGUCUUGUUGGUUUGCUGUAAUAGCUACUCCAUAUCUCUUUGUGGUAUCAUAACUUAGAAUUGUUGGUGACCAA